AUGAAGUUUACCUCUGUAACGGCUCUUGUAGCCUCGUACCUCGCCGCCUCUGCACUGGCUGCGCCUCGAUUGGAGAGCAGAGAUGAAGACAAGUUUGCCCAAGGUCUCCCGAUUAGCAAGACUGGCAAGGGAGGUCCUAUCAGCGGUGGCACCAACCAUGAGCUUGACUUGCAGAACCCCGACAACCUGGGCCGGCAGUCGACAGACAAUGGAAUUGUUCCAAACCUGAAGUGGAGCUUCUCCGACUCUAAGACCAGAAUCCUCAAGGGUGGUUGGGUGCGAGAGCAGGUUGUUCAGGAUCUGCCUCAGAGUCACGAUAUAUCUGGCGCACAACAGCACUUGAAAAAGGGCGCAAUCAGAGAACUUCACUGGCACCGAGUUGCUGAAUGGGGAUUUGUAUACACAGGCCGCGUCCUUGUCUCUGCAGUCGACGAAAACGGCAAAUAUCAGGCUGAAGAGUUGAACUAUGGUGACAUCUGGUACUUCCCCAAGGGUGUCGCCCAUACCGUACAGGGUCUUGAAGAUGAGAACGAGUUCCUCCUCGUCUUUGAUGAGGGCGAUUUCGACAAAGUUGGAACCACGUUCAAUAUCGAUGACUGGCUGGCCCAUACCCCUAAGGAUAUUUUGGCCAAGAAUUUUGGAGUCCCUGAAUCCGUCUUCGAUAACAUCCCUACCCCUAACCCAUACAUCCUGAACGCCACCGUCAGCGAGAAGAAUGUCACUGGUGCUGUUACUCCGGUUGCAUCGGGAAAUAGCUCGUUUGUUUACCGUACCUUGGAGCACCCCGCUGAGAAGAUUGGAGGCCAGGGAGGUGUGUUCCGCAAGAUUGACUCGACGAAUUUCCCGAUUUCCAAGACGAUUGCGGCGACAUUUGUGACCCUCAAGCCAGGUGGCCUGCGAGAACUCCACUGGCACCCCAAUGCUGAGGAAUGGCUAUACUUUCAUCAAGGGACGGCCAGAGCCACUGCAUUCAUUGGCAACGCCAAUGCCAGAACCUUUGAUUUCAGAGCUGGCGAUACUGCUGUCUUCCCUGACAAUUCUGGACAUUACAUCGAAAACACCUCCAAGACUGAAGAUCUGAUUUGGAUUGAGAUUUACAAAUCUGACCGCGUUGCCGACAUUCCCCUCACUCAAUGGCUUGCUCUUACACCUCCGGAUGUUGUGUCUCAGGCGCUCAAGGUCCCGAUUGAGUUUGUUGAGAAACUCAAGAAGGAAAAGCAAGUCUUUGUCGAGUAG